AGUCUGGAAAAACCUUUAAGGAAGCGAAGUUUGCGUCCCAACUGCGCAUGUCAGCUAGAAAAUCCAAGAAACAUUUUACUGUUAUUUUUAUUUUUAAGGCUUUCAACGUCACACUAAGCAAAUGGACGUUUUGGGGUCAAAGAAGGAAACAAAUAACUCCAGCUUGCCUCUGUCAUCCCUUCGCCUCCUGGUUCCCCCUCUCCAGCUGUUGUCUGCAGCCGUGUGGCACCUUUCAAAGCAUAAAGAUGUGUUAAAUUACGACAAGCUGCAGGACUUUGUGUCCACGGUGACAGAGGCCAUUCCCGGCCUGAUUAACCCCCUGCAGAAAGCCCAGCUCAUUCUUGGACUAAGAGCUCGGUUGAUUUUGGAGCUUUGUAAAGGCUCGGUUCGAGGGGAUAUUGAUUCUGAAGUUAUCCAGAGCUACCUGGAGAGAUUUCCCGUAACUUCGGCUGACUUUGCGGAUGCAGAGCUGAGAACAACAGAGUCUACUUUCAUUGCUCUGAUUCAGAGUCUGCUGAAAGACCCAAUUGAGAGGGCUUAUUUCUUUCAGGAGGUUUUUCCCGUUGAAUACGGCCCACAGUACGACACAGCCUUACACAUGCUGGUGUGGGAGCUGCUCUCCAAACUGGAAAAGCUGUUUCCAGCUCCAGAUAUUAAACAGACUGCAGCCUGGCUCGCCUCUGCUCCUUCAGUUCUGGAGGACUGCGCUCAUCCGUCGUCUGAGGAGCUGGGUUUCAUCUUCAACCACUACAAACACUCAGGGUUGCUAAAGAUGACAUAUGGCCCCUCGUCAACGAUUGGUAGCUACAUCCUCUCUGCUUUAUCCGUUCCUCCCUCGCAAAAGUCAAAUAUUAAAGUUGGACUGGAAUCCAUGCAUAACUACGCAAACCCUGCAAGUCUUUCAGCCGCAGACCAGGUCAACGCUGUGGCCGUCUACACCCAAGUGGAAGUUGGAGCAUCUGAAGCCAUCGAGUUAGAAAAAGCUCCGACAGACUUCUACCAAGAAGAGAUCGUCGUCGUCAGCUCUGAAAACGUAGACGUCGAGGACGCCAGCUCGAGGACGGAGGAAGUGAGCGAAGCUGCAGAUGUGGCGAAAGCUUUGGAGACUUUAGCCAAAACCUUUGCUUUAAGGACGGAAUCUCUGGUUCAGGAGGAACCUGCAAAGAAUGAUGUGUGGGAAAAUGAAAGAAGUGGUCAAAAGGAAGGAAAAGGACAAAAUAUGAUGGAAUCAGACUCCUGUGCAGAGAUGAUGUGUAACGAUGAAUCAUUUUCUGACCAAAAGACUCUCAAUCUCUCCGAGGAUUCAUCAUCCACACGGAUACAAACCAAAGAAACACCCAAAGAUAAAAGUGAAGAUCCAAAAAUGAUCACAGCUGAAGCUCCUCCGUCUGUGAUUGCUGUCAAAGGGACAGAAAAAGGCGAUUCGAGCGACUCCACGUCCAUCAUCUUCACCUGCUCUCGGUGUCCGUUCCAUUCCGCAGAUGAAAACAGCCCUCCUCACUUUCACAUGCAGAGCGUUCAAACGGAAGUCUACAAAAACCUCUCCGGAGCGAAGUUUACACCCUCUCCGUCCAGCACGGAUGAGAUUUUCACCUCCAUCAAACUUUUCCCAAGAGGAGACGCAGAGGAAACCAAACGAGCCGAUCCGCAGAAAGCUCUCACCUGUGACACCUGCGGCAAGACGUUCACCCGCACGUCGGACGUCAGACGACACCAGCUGACUCACACCGGAGAGAGACCGUUUCACUGCUCGCAGUGCGACCGAACCUUCCAGCACUCCUGGGAUCUGGCGAAACACGAGAGCAAGCAUCACGGUUUGGCCGUUUCCUUCUCUUGCCAGCUCUGCGGGAGCUCCUUCCCUAAUCUGCGAGGCCUCACCGUCCACCACAAAAAGUCCCACGCUCAGGAGCGCCGGCUCCCUCAGAUGUGCUCCAUCUGCAGCCAGAGUUUCCCCACUUCCUCGGCACUCCAGGAGCACAGGAAAACCCACGCCGCCGCCAAACGCUACAUCUGCCAGACGUGCAACGAAGGCUUCGACUCCCUGCUGGCUCGCUCGCAGCACCGGCAGCUGCACCGAGUCAAGCAUCAGUUCAAGUGCCCCCACUGUGACAAGAUAUACACCCGCAGGUCUGACGUGAAGCGCCACCUGUCCACUCACAGCGGCGAGCGCCCGCACCAGUGCAGCCAGUGCAACAGGCGCUUCCCGCUCCGCUUUAUGCUCGUGAAGCACCUCCGGGUCCACACGGGCGAGCGGCCCUUCCAGUGCUCCCACUGUCCCAAACGAUUCACCCUGGUGUCCGUGCUGGCCAGACACGAGCGGAUGCACACGGGGGAGAAGCCCUUCCUCUGCUCUCAAUGCGGCAAAGGCUUCUUGUCGCAAGGAGAGCUCUCCAAACAUCACAGGUCGCACGUGGACGACAGGCCCUACUCCUGCCCGCAGUGCCCCAAACGGUUCAAGAGCAAGAAAACGCAGCAGGAGCACGUUGUCUCUCACACGGGCGCUCGCCCGUACCCGUGCUCCUACUGCGGGAAGGGCUUCACCAAACCCUACGCGCUGACCAGGCACAACCUCAUCCACACGGGCGAGCGCCCGUUCCCCUGCGGCCACUGCGAGAAGAGCUUCCUCACGCUCGGCGAGGCGCAGCUUCACCGCAGGAUCCACACGGGGGAGCGGCCGUAUCCCUGCGACACCUGCGGGCUGAAGUUCAAGAGCUCCUCCGAGCUGGCGCGGCACAAACGCAGCCACUCCGGCUUCAAGAGGGUGAAGCCGUUCUGCCAGCAGUGCAAGAAAAGCUUCAGCUCCACGGCCAAACUGAACACACACCUGGAGACGCACACGGAGCGUAUGGAAGAGAGGAAUACAAAGGAUAGAAAAUGAUGUCUUCCAUUUCUGAUUGGGAUGUCAAUGAAGGGAUCAGACUCACAAAAACGUUUCCAUGUGUUUUUAUCAUAUAGCAGGAAUAUCAUGUUUUACACAGUUGUAAAUAAAUUCGUCAAUCUGUU